AACAACAUGGCUACAACUAAGUGGGUUAUCCUCGAAUCAGUUGUGAUAGUUACAUUUUUUAUAUGUUCACAUGUGAAAUUAACUUAUUCCAAAGAUGUUAGUUACAUGCUGCACGACAGUGAGAUUGAACUAGAUUCUGUGAUAUCAUUUCGAAGCCAUCAUACCUUACAUAAAAGACAGACAUUGAACAAUGCCACAACAGGAAGUCCCACAUCACCACCAACCACCACACCACAAUAUACUGAACAAGAGGUGAGCCAGCAUCAUAAGUAUUACACCUCCAAAGUGGUGUCCGGCUCAGCCAAAUUCGGCACAUACUGGGAUGAGCUGUUUGAUGUCAAGCACAGUGAGCCUCUGUCAGGGAGCCAUAGAGUUGCUGUCAGCGUACCAAUCUCGUUUAGAUUCAAAUUUUAUGGCCAUGAUGUGUCCAAGGUCACCAUUGCUACUGGAGGGUUUCUUUACAUGAGUCCAUUUCUGCACCAAUGGCUGACUGCUACACAGUACAUAGCCCCCUUAAUGGCUAACUUUGAUACCUCAGUUGGAAACGAUUCAGUCAUUCUCUACAAAGAUUUUGGGGAUAGAUUUGUUGUGGAAUGGCGAGAACUUUUUCUUCAAGACCAGAAUCACACCAACCCCUUCUCAUUCCAAACAACUCUUCAUUCAAAUGGAACCAUAUAUUUUGCAUACAAAGAGAUACCUGUGGAAGUGUUUAAUAUAGAAAUGAAGAACCAUCCUGUAAAAGUGGGCGUGUCUGAUGCAUUCUAUAUUGACACCAUACAAGGAGUAAAAAGUAAAAAUGAGUCGCGCCAUAGAUACUCUGAUUCCAAAGAAGGUAUUCAGAGAAGAACAAUAUUUGAGUAUCACCGUGUGGAGGUCAAUUUUACUAGAAUUCGCUCCAACACGGUCAUUAUCUUGGAACCAUUACAGACCUGCAAUUUAGCCACAGACUGCAACAGUUGCUUGACUCAGAAGGAUUCAUUUGAUUGUAAAUGGUGUCCGCAGGUCUCCAGAUGUUCCGACGGCAUGGAUUGGCUACGGCAGGAGUGGCGCGAUAAAGGCUGUGAAAUUCAGGCAUUUAAUAAGCUUAGUAGAUGUAGCCUUUCAACUACGACCCUUUCAACUUCGACCUUUACAAGACCAGCAAAGAAACCUAGUGUCCAACCCGACUGUUCGGCAUUUGAUAAUCCAGCCAAGUGCUCUACUACAACAGCCGAACCACCCACAACACCGACACCUAAACCCACAAUAAACACACUUAUACCUACCAGUAAAGUUCAACUUACAACUACACAUAAACUUAAUAUGACAACAACACAUAAACUUAUGACAACCACACAUAAACUUAUGACAACCAGAACUAAACCUAUGACAACCACACCUAGAUCAAUGACAACCACAACUAAACCUAUGACAACCACACCUAAACCUAUGACAACAACCACACCUAAACCUAUGACAACCACACCAACACAAUUUUCAUCACCAUCCCAUCAGCAGGACAACGGAUGCAUGCCUGGGUCCAGCAGAAGUAACUGCUCUCUCAAAGAUUCCAGUAAAAGUGAUAAGAAUGCCACGAUUGCUGGAGUGGUGAUUGCAGUGAUUAUACUAGUGGCGUUAGUCGUGGGUAUUGGAGGGUGGUUCUUCUAUGCUUAUACCCACCCUACAUCAGCCUCAGGGCAAUGGAUGAUCAAUCAUCGUCCAAGUGAAAUGAAAGCUAAGAUGAAUAAAAUGAAAUUCUGGAAAAGAGACACUGCAUCGGGAGAAAAAUAUCGCGUAGAAUCCACAGCCUAGAUAAGAAAUAUUACAAAAGAUGUCAACAUUUGCUCAUCAAAAUAUGGAAUUCAAUUUCCCAUUGUUUUAGUAAAGCUAAACAAAUCAUUGGUUUGAAGUUGGAAAAGAUGAUUUUUAGGUUUUCUUGCAUUUGUUUGUAUUUUUUAUUUACUUGUGUAGUUGGAGUUUAAAUCUAAGUUUUUGUUGAGCAAAUGGCUACCAGUCUGUGAUAUAACUAAGGAUUUCCUUCACUUCAAGUUUGUUGUUUUUUUUAUCUCUCUGAUGGCCAAAAACCAAAAUGUUCCUUGUGUGUACGAACAACUUAAUACUGGUUUUCAAAUGCUGUAGAUUCCUGGUUUUACUCGGGUACUUAAUACGGCGAAAUGACUUGUAAACGGCAAAUCGCUGGAACAUGAGUUCGCCUGUUUAAUAUCUGUUAAUCAAGACUUCUUGCAUAUAUUUUUGCAACAGAAAAUUAAAAGCAAAUAAUUUUUAUUUCGCACAUGAUGCCUCUUGCGAAAACACAAUAAUGAAUUUCUCGCGUAUAUCUGCGAAUCUACAGUAAACUAUUUUAAUAACAGCCUGUAGCCAAAGAGAUGUGAGAACGAUUGGAUUGAGGGAAUGCCUUUAUACUUUAAGAUGGUGUAUCUCUAUUGUCAUUCUGUUUUCCCAAGAUGCCUUAAAAGACUUGAUAGGGAGAUCCAGGAUGCUGUGUGCAACAUUAGCUGUUUUUUUUGUGCAUUGUUGUCUACCAUGAUGUUGAAAUGUCUAAAGAGUCUAUCACAAUUUUGUGCUAUGAAACUUAGUUGAAUUUUGAUCAGUCAGCAAAAGUGAUACACAUUAAACUAAUGUAAAUUUGAUUUGCAUAUACAUGUGCUUGAAUGAGCAGAAAGGAGCGAAAUGACAUAUUACGAAACAUUGGUUGUUAAGCGACAUUUUCAUUUUCCAACUUAAAACCAGUAGUUGUGAUUGGAGCAUUAGUUGUGAUGUAUUUUUUACUUGAUGCGCUUGCAUCAAGACUUCAAUUUUUUAAAAAAUAGAUUCACUUGAGAGUUCACAUGACAGUUUAAUGGAGAAUAAUUUGCUCCACUUUGAAUUAAUGCGCAUUAAAUUUUCUCAAUGUGACUGUGACGUAAAUUCAAUAUUAACUGAAAUAGGAUUUUAAUUUAAUAUGGACAACGCCAAAUCAGCCGGACUGCAGCACAUCCCUGGAAUGACCGUUCAGAUGACAUCAAAAAGUGAACAUCUCUUGAAAUUUUCAACAAAAAAAACCCAUCUUAAAACUUAUUUUUAUGAAUUAGGUUUUUAGAUUCUAACAUGUAUAAACUGUGACUUUCUUAAUUAUCAAACAUCAAAAUAAGAAAACUUUUAGCUAUCGAUCUUAAUCAUAUACAGUGUUUUAUUUUGAUAAUUGUACACUUAUACUAUUAGGAUCGUAUGGCAACUUUCAUUUAAUUGUGUUUUAUUAAUGCAUUCCUCUUCUUACCCUUGUAAACAUUGUCGCUAGCCACGGUUACUGAGUCCGGUAGUACCUACCCUACCUUAAUGUAGUGUAAACAGAGACAAUAGGCGACGUGGCUCACAACGAUGCCUUGUAAAGUGCCUUAGAGUAAUUUGUUUUGUGUCAGGCACUAUAUAAAGUUUGUUAUUAUUAUUAUUAUACUUUGCACCAACGUGGAUAAGGCAUAAGAAUAAGACAGCUUGGACUUUAGAAUGGAGAAGUGUUCAUUUUUUAUCUCACCUAGUAAGACUUUGAUAAAAAUAGAGCGAGUUUCAAUAUCAAGACCCUGAGACUGAUCUGCCAUUAGCUAGUACAAAGUUUGUAAUUUUGAAAUGAUCCACAAGUUGAAUAUCGAUAUACUUCAGCAUUGGUUAUAUUGAACUUUGGAUAUAAUGAACAUUUCAGGUCCCCCUGAAUUUCAAUAUAUCUGGAGUAGAUUGUAGCUUUGAAUGCAAGCUCUUAUUACUCAGAAAUAGCAAAGGCGGAUAAAUGUGGGAUGUGACAUCUGUAUGUUUUGUCCAAAAUGUCAAAUUUAGAUGAUAAAACAGACCAAAGACUUCAAGAGGAACAGGUAUUAAUAUUCUAAUUUGAGAAGACCAACAAUUUGUUAUGGACAUAACUUGCCCAAUGAUCAAAGCUUCUUCCGGACUUUUAGCUUCUUCCGGACUUCUUUCAGAAGAGCUACACCAAGAACAAAUAACCUGUUUCUAUGCGCUCUGUUCUGAUAAGUGUGUCCAAUGACAAAUACGAACUGAUUGAGAAUGUUAUUUAGAGAGGCUGCUAUUGUAGAAGCAUUUCAUAAAAUCCGGGACUAACAAUGCACAACCACAGCAGAUGUUGCGUACAAGUUUGAUGACAGCCAUGACCAGGAAACAUAUCAUAUUUUACGAAUUUGUACAAUUUUGUCCAAGAAUUCCACUGAGCAUGAUCAUUUCAUUUCUUUUUGUUUGUGUAGUUCUGCAAACUCAGCCAAAGGAAUAGAUGGAUUUUGAGAAUUGUCAUUUUUAUAGAGAUAAACCGCAUUAUACUCUGUACAUAUCUGUUACCAUCAGCCUAUAUACUGUCAUAUCUAAUAGAAAACUACCUUUGUUGCUAACAACUGCAUCCACGAUUGAUGCCCUUGCUGGUUUUUAAAGCAAGAGCCCAUAGAUGUAGAAUAAUUCAUUUUCCAACUUUUUUUGUAAUUUUCAGUGAAAUUCUACAAAAGUUGUUUCUGUACCACCCAGUAUGUUGGUUUAUCAAUUAGUCAACAUGUUUGUAAUUUUAUUGUUGAUGUGUCUAUACAGUAAAUGCCCCCCUCCCUUCCGCAAGAUCGUUUAAAAACUGUCGAUUCCAAAGAAAUUGAAGUAAUCAUUGGAAAUUAACACAACACUGCGCUGUACUGUGUAUUCCAUGCAAAUAGUUUCAGUUAAUGAGAUGGGGGUGCGGAGAAGGAACAAAUUUUUAUCUGUUAUUUUUGUUGUUUCUUUGUUUAUCAUUGUUAUUAUAAAAAUUGUUUUAGAUUAGAAUCCCACGAAAAACUGAAUCACUCCGUUACAUUACUGUUUUGUCGUUUAUUGUUAUAAUUACCUGAAGAUGAUUUUAUACAGAUUAGAAAAUUCUUCAAUUAUGACGGCAAGUCGCAAAAUUUUUCUGUUUUGUCAUUGUCCCACCGAAGGCAUGAUCAUUGGCAAUAUGUACACUUUUUUUCUCCUUUACAAAACACGAAUCUCAUCUUUGUUUUGUGCAUUAAUAUUUAACAUUUUUUUAUUCUUCAGAUGCAAUAUACAAAUAUAUACAGAUUUAUCAAGUAGUUAAGCCUGACAAUCCUACUUCUCAGACUUAAUGUCCGGUCAUGUUAUGAUAUAUCGUUCUUUGAUUAAUUGAUUUUUUUUUUCCAGUUUAAACCAAAUGAGAGAUCAAAGACAGAUUUUGAGAUUUUUCCUCAAUAUACUCCUGACCAAAACUUGACAAGCGCACUUUGUCAAAUGUGGUAUUUUUGUGUUGACUGUGUAGUAACUGCCAAUGAAAUGUAUAAAAUCCACUCAGUUUGUUGAUAUAAUAGCAUUAUUGGUUGAAUUUGCAUUAUUUAAGGUACUAGUAGUAUGCCAUAUGGUUGAUAAUGGCCAUCUUCUUUCAAUAUUAAUUAACUACAGUAAAACACAUUCAUAGCAAAGUGCAUGGGACGAAAAAUAUUGCUUCACUUUAAACAUAAUUCGUUGCAUCCAAUAAUAUCAUGUUUUUAAAUUUUAAACCAAAGGGAAUGAAAAUCACUUCGCUGUACACGUUAAUUCAUUAUAAGAGUGGUUGCUGUAUUUCAUGUUUUACUGUAUAGUUAGAUCAGUGGGCUACGGAAAAGGGUAGAUCAUGUUUUAUUAUGCGAACCCUGGGAAGGGGGGGGUGUCAAAAAUAGUUUCUCCUUUAAUUCCAUGUCUGUGUAGUUGUGUCAAACCCCUUGGCUCUAUCAUAUAUGAUUGUAGGGUUUUCUGCACUAUAGAAUGGACCUGUUCAUUUUGACUAGGAAUGUUUGUGAAGGCAGGUAUUGCUACUGUUUAUAAAAUCAGAUAUAAAUGAAACUUGAUAGAAAUGUUCCUUACCAAGUGUAAUUGUCUAAGAUGUUUUAUUUUCUGGAUGAAUUUGAUAUUUUGGGAUGGGAUUGGGAAUGAGACAUUUUUGCAAUAAAAGAACAAAUACUAGUUCAUCCUACGCUACAUCUUCGCCCACCAAGAAUAGCAGAGCGGAUCGUAAACCCUUGGAUAGCGAAGAUGUCCUACACUAGUACUAUUUUAUAUUAGUAGAAAGAUGUCCUACGCUAGUACUAUUUUAUAUUAUUAGUGGUUUUUCAGUCAUUGGCAGUUACCACAGUGCAGCUUAAAACGAGAUUUCCAGUCCUGGUCUAACGACCAUAUUUGAUUUAACACUUGAUUCCAGUUUCUGGUUAUUGAUUUAAUGAAACCAUAUUUUUGAGAUUAUUCCCCAAUAUACUCUUUUUGGAAAAAAAAAAACUUCAUACAUACGUAUACUUUGUCUUGUAAAUUUCCAUGUUUACCUUUCCUAUAAUGUACAGUGGGUUUUUUUUAUUGGAGGAUAAUUCACAACAUUUCAGUAAUUCACACCUUGCAUGUAAUAUACCGCGGAACCUUACAUGUGUUAUGCUCUGUAUGUAAGUUUUGCCCAUCGUUUUCCAUGUUAAUCAUUGAGAUUAUCUAUCUAUUAGCAGGAUAUUUUGAAUUCUUUAUCAUUUUUCAGCAAUCUACGUCAAUGUUUUUAUGUUGAAGAGCGUCAAUGGUUCAACAUUACUGAAUAUUUAUAAUAGCAUAGCGAUUGAUAAAUUCUCUUCAGCUAUGCCAUAUAUAUAUGUUGCUAACAAACGAAAUGUUAAUAUUUUGCAUGAGAAUUGAUUUUAGAUAUUUAUUUUAUAAUUAUUAUGAUAUUAGAAUAAUCAUACAGUUACAAUAUUUUUGGAUGAAAUGUGGAAAAAAUUUUCAGUUAUUGAACUCAUCAGUUCCUCUUCAUUUUGUGUGUAAUAUAUAUAUGACUGAGAACGUAAGAUAAUCGUGGAUAUCUGUUAAUAUAAUUAUAUAGAAUAAACAUAUAGCUAGUGAGGAUUUCGUUUUUGUUUUUAUUACCAAUAUCACAUGUAUUUAUACUGUAUUUUAAUCAGCCUAUGUUAGGAAGAUGCUAAUGAAUAUUUAACCAUGUAAAUUAUUUUUAAAAAAUUUUAUUUGAAUGAUAAAUUACAUUUAUAACUAUAUUAUAGAGCCCAUGAAGGAUCCAGUUGUCCAAAAAUUUACUUAUAUUUAACUGAUGCUUAACUUGUCAUUAACUCUUGCAGUUAUAUAUGGCAUUUUACUCAACUUUUUAAUUUUUUGUAGCAAAAUUAAUUCUUUGCAUGCCAAAAAUGACUAAAUGUGUUUUAAAUGAAAUAUUUUGCAUAGUUUUCGAGUUUAAAGCGAGGAAAUUCAAAUUAUUUUACGUGCCAAACAAGAAGGUUUGAAAACAGCUGUUAGCCAUUGUGUAAAGGGAUGAGAAUUAUUCGACACGAUGAAGGCUGGUGGGUAACACUGUAUUAGGAUGUUUUGUGCUGCUGAUGGAUGCAGUAGCUGCCGGUUAAACUUAACUAAGUUUUAGUCAACUGGGUCCUGUAGAACGAACGUGUCACAACUAUUUGUAUAAAAUUUUGAAAUUAAAAGUAUGGCAAGUGUGUACUUAUAUUUUCUUUAGUCAUGUGUAAAGUGCAGCAUUACAUCAAUAUUGCAUGAAGUAUAUAUGGUCUAAAGUCUUGGGCCCCUGAACUCUUUGUAAAUAAAUUUAUUCCCAUUGUAAAUGGACCAAGUUUUACUUGUAAAUCAGUUAUAUGUAUGUUCAUUGUAGUAAUGAGUUUAUCUGGAAUGUAUUUUUCAUAUGAAACAUAUUUCAAGUUAUUUAUGAAUUUUAGAUCUUCAUAUCAGUUGAGUUAAUAAGAAUUAAAGGAAACUUAUCUUCUGUUGAUA